AUGUCCCCGGCUCGGCCACCUGUGGCGUGGAGCUCGCCGGCCAAAGUCCAGGGUGGGGCAGGCCCAGGGGAGCACGAGGGGGUGCAGGGCUGCUUCAGACCCUCCCGGGUGCCCUCGGGGGUCAGCACGGUCCACUGGACACCGAGCACUUCAUCUCUCCCCCACGGGUCGUAUAUCUUAAUGUUUACGUUCCCACCCUUCCCACUUCUGGGAUUUGCAGUCCCAAUGGGGGCCCAUGGCGUGGUGUAUCCUCGGGUGAUGCGUGUUGACUGGAUGCAGGAGCAGAAGGAAGUGGUGCUGGAGGAAGCCAGGAAACCCAUCAGGAAGGGAGCCCGCUGGCAGCGUUUCACGGGGGAGCCGCAUUAUGUCACGGGGGGAGGGCACCAUCAGGAAGGGGGCACAUCCAUGGUGCUGCUGGCGGAGCAGACGAUGCGCACAGCCCCACCCACGUCAGCAACACCACCCGCUUUGAUGAGGAGACAUCCAACUUCCCGCCCGCAGGGUAGCCACCUGCAGCAGAGGGGCUUCUCCGUGGCAUCGUCAAACCCUGGCCCACGGAACGCCCUGGGUGGAAGGGCACCAGUGGCCUCUGCUCGGCCGGUUGACUUGGUGGAGUCGGUGGAGGAUCUGACAGCUGUUGUCACCGGGGCUGCGGAGCGCUCACCUGCAGUCACCACACACCUGCUAGGCGGGAUCCGCGCCCUCCUCCGUGGCGGGCUGGCCCCCGCUGCUCCCUCGACCACCCCGGCCCCGGCCCUGACCAUCAUGCUCAGAGCCGCUCUCGGGGCCACUCCUUCUCCGGACAAGUCGGCAGAGAGGGUCUGUCUGCUCACAGCUUCUGCACGAGCGGCCACUGACGCGCUGCCUGGUGUGAUUCCCCCGUACCCGCCUCGAGCCCCCGAGGCCUCUGCCUCUCCCUCAGGGAACCUCAGUGACGGUGCUUCCACUUCCACCCGUGGGGUCAUUUUCUGUCCACUGAGCAGGGCCCUGCAAUCAUCAGAGCCUUUCCUGGGGAGGCUGUCCAUGGAGCCCAGCCGCAGUGCCCAGGAGGGGGUGAACCAGAUGGACGGCACCAGGGCCCCUGGGCAUCUUGGGACGCAGGGGGUUCCCAAGUCUUCAGAAGGACUGUCAAGCCGAGGUCAGCGGCUUCUGCGCGACCCCACGGAGAGUCCUGGCGCCCUCCUGUCCUCUGAGAGCCCGGAAGUGUGCGGAAACUGGCGCGGGAGCCCCUCCAGGGGCCCUCAUGGAAGCCCCGUCUACACACUCACGUGGCUGAGCCCGUUCUCUCGUGGAGCUUGGCUCACACAGGUCGGCGUGGGGCCCGGGGAGCGCCGCCCUGGCCAGCCCCUGGAUUCUGGCAGCGCCACGUGCGUUCCCCAUGUCCCUUCCCUGCGUCAGUUCCAGAGCUUCCGCAGCGAGAGGCGCCGACGUCCCUCCCGCGGAGGCGAACGAGUUCAUUCCAGGAGGGCCAGCCUUGCAACAGCGCCCCUGGCUUGGAAGAGCCAGAAGGGUGCUCAGAGACCCUUCUCUUGCCCUCUGGUCUCCCGCCAGGCCCUUGGCAGCUACACCCGAGCAGAGCCAAACAGCGGGGGAGGGAGCCUGCCACCGCCGUGGGCCCCCUCCAAGGAAGAGAAGAGCUGCUGUGAGGGGCACAGCCUUGUGGGGCACACCUGGACCGACGGCGCACCAUCAGUGAAGACGUGCACCGCACCCACGCUGCAGGAGGCCUGGCACCACGGUCCCCGCGAGAAAGCUCAGAGCAGCAGCGCCCCGCGCGGAGAGGGGGAACCAGGUUCUGGCCCCACACUCCUCGGGUUCACCAGGGAAAUCAGGAUGGGCCAGAAGAUUCUGACGUUUGGACACAAAAGUGGGCGUGCCUCCAACCAGCCACAGUGUAAGAGGGAUGCCAAAACGUGUGACUCGCGGCGGGGCGUGGAGCCGGCGGGCCUGGCACUCGCGAGGCCGGGUGACAGAAAUUGUUUUUUAAGCAGCUGCCCUCUGGAGACAUUACCCUCUCCCGACGCCCGGCAUAAUGAGGCCUUGAUUAUCUGUCGGGCCUGCGAGCUCAGGAGUGGCUGUCGAGGCUGCGAGCGCCAGCUGGAGCUGCCCUGCCCUCCGCCCCGCACCUGCCCUCCAACAAGCCCCUUUGUUCCCGACGCCCUGCCCUUCGCCCUCCUCUCCCUGCGAGUCUGCCUCAUGCCUUGA